UGAAGUAUGUUGUGGUGGAGGUCAGACAUACAGAGAGGAAGUGUGAAAAACAAAUAUGUCUGCCCUUUUUCUGUCUCCUCCUCACCUGAGGAUGGACAGAAACCCCAGAGCACAGGACAGAGACCGUUCAACGGGUGCAGACUACUGUACAAUCAAAGAGGAGAAGGUAGCUGUAGUUUACUGUGGUCAAAUACGGACAAAGUCCUUGGCUCAGUCAUCUCAAUCAGCCUUGUCUGACAGCAUGCAUCGCCUGCGUGUCUCAAUGUUGGUCUGCUUCAUACUCCUGGGAUUCCUCAGUUUCACAGGAGCAGAAGAGACAGAGACUGCCACAAAGGAAGGCAAAGGCAGGGAAAAACGUGAAAUGCCCAACUGGGCCCUGUGGUCGUCCGACUUCACAGGCUGGUUGCAGGAGCUGACUGCCCAGGCUGGUUACGACCGGAUCCAGGACCUGGCCAGAACCUACUGGGCCCACUUCCCUAUUGCCAGUUAUCUAGGUUACGACAGCCCCGACGAAGACACAGAAGAAUCUAAGGGGGUACCGGAAUGAAGUUUGGGUCAAAUUAAAUCUUUGGAGAAGUUUUAAAAUCACUGCCUUUUAACUAUUGUCUGAAUAUUGCAUUGAUCAAACUAUACCCUGAACAUAUUUAGUAGCAGACAGGCAUGCAUGCACACACAGUUAAUGCUAUAAAUCUCCUUUGAACAAAUUGAUGGCUUAUUGCGCUUUUCUUUGUCAUCUAGUCAAAGCAGGAAAGCUUACAAAGUUAUUAUCUUUCAACAGUUUGAUUCUCAUACAUUCAGAUUCUUGCAUCAGAAACCUGACUUGAUCUUGAUCUUGAGUGGCUUUGAUCAACAAUUUUGAUUAAGACUGCACAGUGUUGAUUGAGUUGGACAGAGAGCAAUGGUGGUGGACAGAAGAGGGGGGGGGGGCUGUCCUCGUUCUACGAGACAUCUGUAGCUUCUGAGAGGAACGGAAAACUGAAAUAAAACUGCCACCUUUAUCCAGCCUUGGACCAGGGCUCCAUUAGAUAGAUCAGUAGUUCAAGUAAAGAAGUGGUGCUCAGUGAGUGUUACUGGAAUGGGCCCUAUUCGACCUCCGUUCAUACAUACAACAGAGCCCCUCAUCAGAGGAUUACUAAUCAACACUCUUGUGAUACGGUACCACAGCAAGAAUCCUCUCUGCUCAUGGCUCAUCUGCCACAACACUGAAUCUCAUUUCAUGGUGCAGUGUACUUACGGAGCAGAAUGCUCUUUCUCCUGGAGAGUAAACUGCUGUGUCCAGAAAUCCCCUGCGCUUUGCUGUUCUACUGGAGCUGUAGAAAACCUCCUGGAGCCUUCUAUCUGCACAACCUGGUCUCAGAGCAUUUCGUAAUACUCUGUAUGUAAAUCCGAGACACUCCAUUUAGUAUUAUAUCCUACGUUUUGUAUAGUAUGUAUUCAUUUGUGGAUGCCCAUCACAUUUCGUAUGAUAUUACAAAUUUGCUAAACUUAUGGUAUGUUAUGAAUACUAGCUAGGUGGCAACAUUAGCUAGGCUAAGGGUUAGGUGUCAGGGUUAAACCUUUUUGGUUGUUAGAAGUUCGCGUUAUACGCCAACCCAUCCGCCCCAACCAAUCACCCUACUUUUGUUUUUGCCUUAAGUAAACAUCUGUCUUAUGUAACCAUACCAAACUAAACAUAUCAUGCUAAUUUGAGUGUGCCAGAUUUACAUUUACUAUGUUACAUCUAUUCUAUGAGACCAGGUUGAUCUGCAUGGUAAGGGGGCUGCUACGAAGGAGGUCGGUAAGCCAGCAGAAAGAAACAGAACAGCAGGGGGAAUGGUCUCAAACCUCUGAUUGCACAUCCUUCUUUUGUGGACUAAUUGCUGUGAGUUUGUGUGUAUGGGGGAACAAGGAGUGCCUGGUGAAGGAAUGCAGCUACUGUAGGCUUCAGUCAGGCAGAGUGUAUGAUGGGUUUAUGUCUGGCUCAGUGUUGUAAAGAGAGGUGGGGGCGCUUAAGCUGCUACUGAAGAGGAAACGACAAAGACUGUAACAUGAGUCUGAAGUCUCAUGGGUCAUCCAUUUCUCCUCUCUGACAUUCCUUCCUCCCUCUCUGCCCUCUGUCUAUUCCCUCUCUUCCUUACAGUCUCUUUUUCUCGCUUUCUUUGAGUCCCUGUAUUUUCUCUCUCCCUAUCUGUCCCGCUUGCUUUGUCUCUCGUCUCUCUGUCUCCUCCCCCACCUUCCCCCUUCUUCACACUCUAGCACUUCUCUGCUUUAGCCCUGUGCCAGUGUGUCCCUGUCCAGCUUGGGCAAGACAAGGAGCUGCUGUUUGCUUCUCCAAAACACACACACGUUGACGAACGCACUCAUGUCCACUGUGUCCACUUUGUGACCAGAUUUCCUGGUGCCUCCUUGUAUGUAAAUUAUUUGACGAAUAUUCUUUCAAAAUAAAAUAUAUUUAUUUAUUUUAUGCC